AUGGCCUCAUCGUCGAUGUACGGGCUGCCUCGGCCACCGGAUGAUUCCGGCGCUGGCUGUCCGAGCUGGAUGGAUCCGGAAGGAAAGCAUGGUAAGGUGAUCGUGCUAUCACUCAAGGCUGCCAACGAAGGAGUGCUGCCAAAAAAUCAUCCCUUCAGUGUCGGUAAGUCGAUCCAACUUUUAAUUGGUAAUGCAUAUUCCGCUACUACCGAAUCAAAAGGAACCAAGUAUAUUUUGAAAGUAAGACAGCAAGCACAUGCCACCAAGCUGCUCGGUAUGAAAAAGUUAUUCGACGGUACACCGGUUGAAGUUACAGCGCACCCCACACUUAACUACAGUAGGUGCAUUGUAAACUGUUCGGAGGUCAAUGACAUGUCACAGGAAGAGUUGCUAAUCGAGCUGGCUCCUCAAGGAGUGACAGCAGUACGCCGGUUCACGAGAAUGGUGGACAAAGUGAAAGUCAAUACGUCCACCAUGAUACUGACGAUGGAAGGAACCACCUGGCCACAGUACAUAUAUUUCGGAGCACUCAGAGUUCCAACGCGAUUUUAUUACCCCGUACCCAUGCUGUGCUUCAACUGCCUGGAAUACGGACACACAAAAGCUCGCUGCAAAGGUGCAUCUCGAUGCCAAAUCUGCUCGGCCCCCGAGCACAAGGCUGAAGACUGUAAAGGAGUAGAAAACUGUUUCCACUGUAAGUUAGGACAUAAACCGACCGACCGGAACUGCCCGGUAUACAAACGGGAAAAUGAAAUUGUUAAACUAAAGGCAGAACAAGGACUAUCAUUCGCAGAGGCCAAAAAGAUAUACGACAGCCGCGUCGGUGCAAAAUCGUACGCCAACAUUAGCAAAAGGCUAAUAGUACAACAAGAUAGCAACAGUAAGGACAAAGAAAUCGAAAGUCUAAAAGAAGAGAUAACUGCCCUUCGAAACCAGCUCACCUCUGUCAUCGCCGAACUGAAGAGACGCCCAAGCUGCCAAUGCAAAAAAACUGACGAAGAGAAUACUUCGAAAAAGGAACAACGGAACAAACGUGCUAAGGAAAUAUCGCCGGAAACAACAACCGGAACUGAAUUUCGUCCUCCGCCUUUGAAGAAGGUUUCUUCAAAAAUGAACGAUAACACCCAACCUGGCAAAAAUAUUCAAACGUCCGCAACACAGCCGAUGCUUGAAGACCCAAUCGAAACCCUAAAUUCCGAUACUAAUACGGAAGAAAUGAGCAUCACGGACAAUGAAUCUGACCGAUCCGAUACAAUUGUUAUCAAUCGAAAGGGCAAAAGGAAACACCACCGAACCAAAAAUGCAACCACCAACCAACAAUAA